AUGACUCUACAACUGUAUCGAGGUGAUUCCUCAGCGCGCUCUCAUUUGGCACAGAGAGUGAGUGAACGGAGAAGCGCUAUUGUAGAAAAGUACACAGCAGAACUUCGUCCCUCUCUCAAUCUCUCUCGUUCUCCCAUCUGUGGUCCGUUCAUAUCUAUCUCCCUCUAUAUAUCUAUCUAUCUAUCUAUUGAUCACAGUCUAUUCAUUAUCUAUAUAUCUGUCUCAGUAUAUCUAUCUAUCUAUCUAUUACAGUAUAUUCAUUAUGUAUAUAUCUCAGGAUAUUCUUUAUCUAUCUAUCUAUCUAUCUAUCUAUCUAUCUAUCUAUCUAUCUAUGUUCAUAUCAACCUAUCUAUCUACCGAUCGGUCUAUCUAUCACAGUCUUUUCAUUAUCUAUAUAUCUGUCUCAGUAAUCUAUCUAUCUAUCUAUCUAUCUAUCUAUCUAUCUAUCUAUCUAUCUGUUACAGUCUAUUCAUAAUCUAUAUAUCUAAGUAUUCUAUCUAUCUAUCUAUCUAUGUUCAUGUAUACCUAUCGAUCUAUCUAUCACAGUCUAUUCAUUAUUUAUAUAUCUCAGUAAAUUUUUUAUCUAUCUAUCACAAUCUAUUCAUUAUCUAUCUAUCUAUCUAUCUAUCUAUCUAUCUAUCUAUCUAUCUAUCUAUCUAUCACGAUCUAUUCAUUAUCUAUAUAUCUAAGUAUUUUAUCAAUCUAUCUAUCUAUCUAUCUAUCUAUCUAUCUAUCUAUCUAUCUAUCUAUCUAUUCGAGUCUUUCAUUUCUAUCUAUAUAUCUAUGCAUUUCUGUCUGUUCAUUAUCUAUCUAUCUAUCUAUCUAUCUAUCUAUCUAUCUAUCUAUCUAUCUAUCUAUCUAUCUAUGAACAGACUCUAUCUAUCUAUCUAUCUAUCUAUCUAUCUAUCUAUCUAUCUAUCUAUCUAUCUCAAAAUAAUGGUUUGGGCUUAUAACAUUCCUACUCCCGCCUCGCCAAUUGCUACUGACCUAAAAAGUGAACUGAAUAUAGUAAAGGCGUUUUGUUUUUCUUUGUUUAAGACGAAAUAA